UUGUGCACUUAGAUGUAAACAAAAAAUGGCCUGAUUCUGGUCUCCGCCAGAAUCAAUGUGACCAUUUCAACAGAUUGAAAUUACUUGAAAUGUAUCGUAUACUUGUGGCUUACCUGAUAGUGAUAUCCGAGUAUCCGACAAACAAAAUAUAUUGUUAUCAACACUCUGAUACUUUAUAUCUGAUAGUCUGAUGUUUGGUUUUCACUUUUCACGUGUUUUUGGCGUUUGACGUUUUACGAUUUUUGGUGUUUGCUUAAAUAAAAUAGUUUUUUUUUUGUAAUAUUUUAUAUUUAUACUGUCAUAUUUAUUUUAAAAAAUGACUACUUGUGCAGUCAAGUUUUGCGACAAUAAAAUGUCACUAACGAAAAAUAUAAGCUACUUCAGAUUUCCAAGCGACCCAUUGAGGUGUAAACAAUGGAUGGAAAAAUGUCAAACUGAACAUUUACUGAAAAAAGAUGCUACUAUUUUAUACAAAAAUUACAGGGUGUGUGGUGUUCAUUUUGAAGACAAAAUGUUUUUAAAUCCAAAUAGUAGGAACCGUCUUACAAUGAAUGCUGUGCCAACCAUAUUUAGUGGUAAGAUUUUGUUUAUUAUAAUUAAUAUUUUUAAGACUAAAUGAAACUAUUCUAAUUUGCUUUUGCUUUGCUUUUGCUGCGGCUACACGGCUGAGAGAUGCAUAUUGAUAGUUCACCCACCAAGAAUUCUUCUCAGGAAAUGAUCUAUUGUUGUACUCCAGAGUCCUGAAGGAUAUCCAAUGAAUUACAGAUUUUGAAUUAAGUUAUUUUACAUUAAUUUAGUAUUACCUAUAUAUUAUAUUUCUUCUUUUUAAGUAAGAUUUUUACUCCGGUGAAUUUUUAAAAUUUAUUUAAAUAAAUUGUUUUAUUCCCUUA